UCCCCGUGUCGACCAUUGUUGUUCAUCAGCUCUCACCGAUACACAACACACGAUCCACCAUGGACAACCUCUCCAUCAACCCCGAUUUGGCCAACAACCUGUCCGACAAGGAUAAGAAGGACCUGCACCAGUUUAUCCAGGGCGAGAGCCAAAAGGCAAACAUCCAGAACAUGGUGCACGACCUGACAGAUCGUUGUUUCAAGAAAUGCAUCACGUCCAAAAUCUCACAAGGCGGGCUGGACCGAUAUGAAGAGCCUUGCAUGCGCAACUGCGUUGACAGAUUCAUGGACGCCAGCCAGGCGGUCGUAGAGCACAUUCAGAAAAUGCAACGAUAAAGACCCGCACGAUUGGAAACACUGCAUCCACUAUUACAGGGGAGGCCCUCGAUGAUGAGCUGUGGGGCACGAAUGAAAGAUGGAUUGUACAACAUGUAUAGAGCGCAAUAGAUGCGCCAUGGAUGCGAGAUCCAGAGUCGCAUGGCAGCGGCUUGAGGCAUAAUAAACACACUAAGAGGAUGCGGAAGAUGAAGACAGGACAUGAACAG